AUUUGCACCUGUAUCAACCGGGGCCAGCCCCACCAACCUGGACUCCCACCAUUCCUUGACUUCUAUGCCACUCCUUCCACAGCCAGACUCAACCUCCAAAUCCCGUCCACACUUCCGAAUCGACAAGGACUGCCACCCACGAUGUCCAAGGAACAACUGUUUCAGCUGCUGCCUAUGCCCGACGACGGGUUGCAGCAAGUGCUCGAUCAUGGCGCGACACUGUCCAAGGCCGAAGCGAUCGAGUACUUCAGCGCCCUGCUCGGCGACUCGUCGCAGGUAAUCGAUUUCAUUUCCACCUUCAACGCCCGCCGUGCGGAACCGAAGCCAGUACCGCCCAGCGCGCCCAUAACUGCGCCCAGCUCAGGUCAAACCUCUGAAGCCGAUGCCGUCCCGAAACAACGCCGCGGCCCCAAAAAGAAGAAGGCUGCUAUCCAUACGCCGCCUCCCCGACAAGUCGCAUCGUUUGAGCUAGCGCCGGGGACAGUGUAUAACAAGAAGGGCCAGCAGGAGGAUUACAUGUCGAAGAAGCCAGGGACAUCAACACCGCCGAACAGCAAUACGCACCGCAACAAUCUGGCAUUGCCGGCCAAGUCCGCCACGCCACCUCCCCGGUCAUCCAAACCUCCCCCGUCCGCGGCAGGCACGCUCGUCUCUGAUCUUGGCCUCCCCAAACCCAAGCCGAAAUCCACCCCCGUCUCCCGCACUUCUACACCAGGCCCAUCCUCCUCCCGCAACAAUAACAACUCGACUACGACCACCAAGAUCUCCAUCACAGGCGGCACGCCGAUGCACGGCAGCUCCACCGCACUCAGCGACCUCGACCAAGCGAUCCGCUCCCUAGAAAUUACCACCAACCCAUCGCACGCUUCAAACGAUGCAUCGGGGGUCGCGGCGCGGCGGUGCAACUGCGUGGCGACGCGCCACCCGCUGCUCGAGGCGGCGCCCAACUGCGUAAACUGCGGCAAAGUGGUGUGCAUCAAGGAGGGGCUGGGGCCGUGCACAUUCUGCGGGACGCCGCUGCUCAGCGCGGGCGAGGUGCAGAACCUGAUCCGCGAGCUGCGCGCCGAGCGCGGCCGCGAGCGCCAGGCCAUGGACCGCGAGGCUCACCGCAAGGCCGAGGCCGCGGGCCCGCGCAAGCCGUUCGCCCGCCCGGGGGUGGAUAAGGAGGACUUGACCGUGGCCGAGGCCAUGGCGCUGCAGCAUCGGGACCGGCUGCUGGGGUUCCAGGCGCAGAAUGCGAAGCGCACGACGGUCAGGGAUGAGGCGGCGGAUUUUGAUGUCACAGAUGCGGGGGGCAUGUGGGCGAGCGCCGAGGAGCGGGCGCUGGCGCUGAAGCGGCAGCAGAAGUUGCUCAGGGAGAUGGAGUGGAACGAUAAGCCCGAGUAUGAGAAGCGGCAGCAGGUGGUCAGCAUUGACCUCUCCGGGCGGAAGGUCUUUAAGAAGAUGGCCAAGGUGGAGCGGCCGGCGAGUCCUGGGGAGGAUGACGGCGACGAGGUGGGAGGGGGCGGUGCGUCUAUAACACCACAGACGGAUGGGAAUAGUGGUGGGCAGGGUGGCGCUUUCAGCAAGAAUCCGCUUUUGGGCGGCUUGAUCAGGCCCGUUUACGACAUCAAGGGAAAAGGGGAAGAGUUGGAGGGGAGGAAGGACAGGAGCGCGCGGUGGCGGAGGGUGCAGGAUGAUCGUGACGAUAAUGAGGCUGUCAUUCUUGACGGCGGCGUCUACGGGAGGAAUACCGAGGUGCAAGGAGGGGCUGGGGAUGAGCCAGCAUGCGGGUGAUGAUACUGGGUUGGAUUUGACACGAGGGACUCUUGGACCUGUGUCCAACCACGUGCAAACAUCAUCAACUCUCAGCCUUUCUCGAGUGUUUCCAGAAGCCGAAACAAUGGCUGCUGUGGGGCGACGCCCAGGGGGGCGGCAGUGGGGCCGUCUUGGCGUUGACGAUUCAAACGCGAACCCAUCCAGACAAAUGACACAGCUUUGACCCUCAGGCUCUCUAAGGAGAAACUGGGUCAGUUGCAAAACUCAAACUGGCGCAGAUGGUGGUUAAUCGUAUUCUGGGUCCGAUCAAGAGCUACAGAUUACUACGCAACCACACGAUACCUUUUUUUUUG